UUUUUCUGCCACGUACAACAUCAGCUUCGUCACCACUACCAAAUGGCAAUUGUCAAACUCCCUCCCUAAUUUUCUUUCGGCAACUCUAUAAAUUCUCUACAUUUUCGAUCAAUUCCUUUUCUUUUCUUCACUAAUAUGCUCAAAAGACUUCUCAUUUCUCGCCGCUUCAUCUGUCAUUACAAACCCACCUAUAAUUCGGCGAAGAAACCCGACAAUUCGGAAUCCUUUCCAUUUUCUUGGCCGUUAUCGGUGGUUUCUUGCCGGCCCAUCAACUUUUCUAGAGUUCUUGCCAUGGCGGAUGGCGGGUCCCCCCCUAAAACCGCGUCGUCGAAGCCCCAGAAGCACACUAACCGGCUUGCAGCGGAGCACAGUCCUUACCUUCUUCAACAUGCCCAUAAUCCUGUUGAUUGGUAUCCAUGGGGUGAGGAGGCGUUUGCAGAAGCUCGUAAAAGAGAUACCCCUAUCUUCCUGUCAAUUGGUUACAGCACUUGCCAUUGGUGUCAUGUAAUGGAAGUUGAAUCAUUUGAGGAUGAAGAGGUGGCGAAAUUGCUUAAUGAUUGGUUUGUCAGUAUCAAGGUGGAUCGUGAAGAAAGACCAGAUGUAGAUAAGGUAUACAUGACUUACGUACAAGCAUUAUAUGGUGGUGGUGGUUGGCCGUUAAGCGUCUUCCUUUCGCCUGACCUAAAUCCUUUGAUGGGUGGCACUUACUUUCCUCCAGAUGAUAAAUACGGAAGGCCCGGCUUCAAAACUGUACUUAGGAAGGUUAAAGAAGCUUGGGACACUAAGAAGGAAUCCAUGGUCAAAGGUGGGGCAUUUGCUAUAGAACAACUCUCAGAAGCAUUAGCUGCCGUUGCGAUGUCAGAAAAGCUUCCAGACGGACUUCCAGAGAGGGCAGUCCAGAAAUGUGCUGAACAGCUUGCGGAUAGUUAUGAUUCCAAGUUUGGUGGUUUUGGCUCUGCUCCAAAAUUCCCAAGACCUGUUGAAAUCCAGCUGAUGCUUUAUCAUAAAAAGAAGUUGAAGGAUAACCAAAUGCGGGGCGAGGCAAAGCAUGACCUGAGUAUGGUGGCACUGACCCUGCAGUGCAUGGCUAGGGGUGGUAUCCACGAUCACGUUGGAGGCGGUUUUCACAGAUAUAGUGUCGAUGAAUGCUGGCAUGUACCUCAUUUUGAGAAGAUGCUAUACGAUCAAGGGCAACUUGUUAAUGUUUAUCUGGAUGUUUUCUCGCUUACGAAAGAUGUGUUCUAUUCAAGCACGUCGAGGGACAUUCUUGAUUACUUGCGGAGAGAGAUGAUCGGCCCUAGUGGGGAGAUAUUUUCGGCUGAGGAUGCAGAUAGUGCGGAAUUUGAAGGUGCCCCGAGGAAGGAGGGUGCCUUCUAUGUCUGGACCAGCCAAGAGAUUGACAACAUACUUGGAGAGCAUGCUCCACUCUUUAAAGAGCACUAUUACAUUAAAUCGUCAGGCAAUUGCGAUCUAUCAAGAAUGAGCGACCCUCACGACGAGUUCAAGGGUAAGAAUGUGCUUAUAGAGCGAGACAGUACUUCUGCGAUGGCGUCGAAAUCCGGUAUGCCACUGGAGGUGUACCUAGAGAUCUUGGGUACUUGUAGAAAGAAGCUUUAUGACGUUCGGUCGAAACGCCCGAGGCCAUCUUUGGAUGAUAAGGUCAUCGUGUCGUGGAACGGACUGGCAAUUUCUGCAUUUGCUAGAGCGUCAAAAAUCCUAAAGGACGAACCAGAAGGAACGCAGUUCCACUUUCCCGUCGUUGGAACCAACCCAAAGGAGUAUAUGGAAGUAGCGGAGAAGGCAGCAGCUUUUAUCCGGAAGCAUCUAUAUGACGAGCAGACGAGAAGACUGCAGCACAGUUUCAGGAAUGGACCGUCUACGGCACCCGGAUUUUUAGAUGAUUAUGCCUUCCUGAUCUCUGGUCUUCUAGAUAUGUAUGAAUGUGGGAGUUCAACAAAUUGGCUAGCUUGGGCUAUUGAUCUUCAGCAAACCCAGGACAAGCUGUUUCUUGACAAGGAGGGCGGAGGAUAUUUCAAUACCCCCGGGGAGGACCCCUCGGUCCUCCUCCGCGUCAAAGAGGACCACGAUGGUGCAGAACCGUCAGGGAACUCUGUUGCAGUGAUCAAUUUAGUGAGACUGGCAUCACUGGUAGCUCCAGCUUCUGAUCGUUACAGGCGAAAUGCUGAAGUUCUGCUGGCUGUGUUCGAGAAGAGGUUGAGAGAAACAGCAAUGGCCAUGCCUCUGAUGUGCUGCGGCGCAGAUAUGCUUGGUGUCCCUUCGAGAAAGCAAGUCGUCGUGGUCGGACACAAAUCGUCCGACGAAUUCAACAAAAUGAUAGCUGCUGCCCACUCAUCAUAUAAUCCCAAUAAAACAGUGAUUCAUAUAGACCCUACAGAUGAAGAGGAAAUGGGUUUCUGGGAGGAAAAUAAUGAGAAGAUUGCGGUUAUGGCGAAGAGCAACUUUGCAUCCGACAAGGUCGUUGCGCUCGUGUGCCAGAAUUUUACGUGCAGUCCUCCGGUGUACGACCCGAGUUUGCUGGGAUCUCAGCUGGAUAAGUGAGUAGAGAUGUGGACACAGAGACUGCAACAAGUUAGGUCUUUGUUUUAAUAAGAUGCAGCUGUUUUCGUUUUUGUCCAUAGUUUCUUGUAUAGGUUGGAUAGGAAGAAGCAUGUCAUGUAAAAUUAAGGUUUCACCAAACUACAUGUGCUCAUCUACAUUGCUUACAGUUUACUUAUAUUAAAACGAUCUAUACUAUCUUAAACGUUUUUCUUUACUAAAA